GGCCAUUGUGGCUGGGGCCGCUGCGGGCGCCGCAGGAGGAGGUGGCGGCCCGGCAGCGCCGCGGCCCGUCCCGCCGGAGCCCGACCGAGGGAGCAGACGAUCUUGAAAACUUCACCAGGUCCUUGAGAGAGAAAACUACAUGACACUACACCAUGAGUGACAGUAAAUGUGAUAGUCAGUUUUACAGUGUUCAAGUUGCAGAUUCAACAUUCACUGUACUAAAACGGUACCAGCAAUUGAAGCCCAUAGGAUCAGGGGCACAGGGCAUUGUUUGUGCUGCAUUUGAUACAGUCCUUGGAAUAAAUGUUGCUGUGAAGAAGCUGAGUCGUCCUUUUCAGAAUCAAACCCAUGCCAAAAGGGCCUACAGAGAGCUUGUGCUUUUAAAAUGUGUCAAUCACAAAAAUAUAAUUAGUUUAUUAAAUGUAUUUACACCACAGAAGUCACUAGAAGAAUUUCAAGAUGUAUACUUGGUUAUGGAGCUGAUGGAUGCAAAUUUGUGCCAGGUUAUUCAUAUGGAAUUGGAUCAUGAAAGAAUGUCUUAUCUUCUUUACCAAAUGCUAUGUGGUAUCAAACAUCUCCACUCAGCUGGUAUCAUCCACAGAGAUUUGAAACCCAGCAACAUAGUAGUAAAAUCAGAUUGUACCCUCAAAAUCCUUGAUUUUGGACUGGCAAGAACAGCCUGUACUAACUUUAUGAUGACUCCAUAUGUAGUAACACGGUAUUACAGAGCACCAGAAGUUAUCCUUGGAAUGGGAUAUAAAGAGAAUGUUGAUAUCUGGUCAGUUGGGUGCAUCAUGGGAGAAUUGGUGAAAGGUUGUGUGAUAUUCCAAGGCACUGAUCAUAUUGAUCAAUGGAAUAAAGUUAUUGAACAACUAGGAACACCAUCUGCAGACUUCAUGAAGAAACUCCAGCCUACAGUAAGGAAUUAUGUAGAAAACAGGCCAAAAUAUCCAGGUAUUAAAUUUGAAGAGCUCUUCCCAGACUGGAUAUUCCCAUCAGAAUCAGAUCGUGACAAGUUAAAAACCAGUCAAGCUAGAGAUUUAUUAUCAAAAAUGCUUGUAGUAGAUCCAGACAAGAGAAUUUCUGUAGAUGAAGCCUUACGUCAUCCUUAUAUUACUGUCUGGUAUGAUCCUGCUGAAGCAGAAGCUCCCCCACCCCAAAUCUAUGAUGCACAAUUGGAAGAAAGAGAACAUGCAAUUGAAGAAUGGAAAGAAUUAAUAUACAAAGAAGUAAUGGAUUGGGAAGAAAGGAGCAAGAAUGGUGUGGUAAAAGAUCAGCCCUCAGCACAGAUGCAGCAGUGAAUAGCAACACCAGUCCUUCCCAGUCAUCAUCUAUCAAUGACAUUUCAUCCAUGUCAACAGAGCAAACAUUGGCCUCAGAUACAGACAGCAGCCUCGAUGCCUUGACAGGACCCCUUGAAGGAUGUCGAUGAUCAGCCAGGAUUGCAGACUUGACUUUGGAAAAGAGCUCUUGCUUCCAUCGGGCUUGAAUUGCUUGUAAGUUAAUGGAACCAAGUAGAAAAACUCCAUUCUGCAUGUUCUGCUAAAGUAAUGCCUGUUUUUUUACUCAGUUGUUAUGGAAUUGCCUGCUUAAUGUUGUAGAAUGAAAGCAAAUCAAUGUCUAAAGAACAAAAAAAUUCAAAUUUAGACACUAUCAUAGGCUUUUCUUUUUUUCAGCCUGUUUCAGGUGAGCAGUUAUAUUAGACUUUUAGCCAACAACUUCUCUUAAGUGGGUUCAUGAAUCUUCAGUCCCAGCUGGCAGGCUUCUGUGACACAAUGGUUGUUUACAUUUCAGUACAGUAUUGCUCGUUAGUAGGUUUUUUGAAUGUAUAGUCUCUAUGAAGUAUGUUUCAAUGUGUGACUGACAGUUUGCUUUAUUUAAUGAUUGGAGUGUUGUACAUGUGAGCUCUCACACUGAACAGGACUAUGUUUAAAGGGCAGUUAUUCUUCCACAUAGCACUUUUUUAAUUGAGCCCAUUCUGUUGUCACUUCCAACGAUUCUGACUAUCUUCUUGUAGAAGAGAGAAGAGUGAAGUUGAAAGAAUAUAGCCUUUACUUGGUAUUUCACUUGAGUAUGUCUCAAUUUUUUACACAUGGAUGGAUGGAAGAUACAGUGGCUUAAUUAAAUCUUAAGGAAGGAUGAGUGACUUACCUGUGAAGCAAAGCCUACAUAGAAGAGAGGGGAGUGCUAAAAUGUUCUGUAUUUUCUAGCUUCUGAUACUGAUCCUUAAACAAAAACAAACAGGAAAGGAAGUUGUAUCUGUGAUGCUCUUCAUUCACUGCAAAAUCUGGCAAAAGGACAGAUGAAUUGGAGAGAGUUGCAGCCUCAGAAAGAGCUGCAUAAAUGUUUUCCAUUAUUUUAAUGGGUCCAUUCUAUCUAGUGAGUAAUAAAGAAAUAAAAAUAUUGUAGUUUUGAGUCACUUGUAAAUUAAGUAUUUAGAUAAUAGAACUUAGCUCUACUCCCACAUUCCUCCCCCUCUGUACUAGGGGAGGAAAACAUGCUCAAUAUGUAUUUUCUAAAUACAGUGGCUGAUAAGAGGAGGAGAUUGUUUGCUGUUUCAAUACAGGCUUAUCAAUACAGUUUUCAGAAUCAGUUAAUAUAAACGUGGCCUGUUAUGUUGCACAAUAGGAUGAAUUAUAAAAUGUGUUUGCAGCAGAGUAGGUCUUAAAGUGCUUUAUCCUACUCCCUUGUGAAUUUGUGCACACUCACUCUGGAGUGUGCAGGUGUGAAAUUUUGCUAAAGGAUCUUCUGUGUGUGCAUGUAUGUGAAAGUAAACUAUGUAACUGCAAGAGUAAUGGAGAUUUGCAAGAUGAGGUAAAACACCACUUUCUUAAAGGCACUAUAUUUAGCUGUUGAUCAAGAUAUUCUUGACUUGAAUAUAUAAAUAGAACUUUCAAAACAUACUGGCUCAGUCAGCCACUGCAUAUUUCUCUUGUAAAAGAAAAUUAUCUGUUGUUUCUAACCUUAGGAUUUGAAAAGCAGUGAUUUCUCUUCAUGCACACUUUUAUAUUCAAAUUGUAGUUCUUUUUAAUAGCUUGAUUUGCUGUAGCAAGUAUAUUAAGAUUUUGCUGUCCCAGAAGGUUAAAAAAAAUUUAACAAAGUACUUAACAUCAUAUUAACUUGAUCAUUGUCAUCUGGAAUCUUGGAUUUUAAAAAUUCUCUUUAAUUGAAUUGCAGGAUAUUUGGGCUUGGGUUUUUCCUUGCUGUUUGGUUUUAAACCUACAGAUAUCUUAGUUUAUCUUUGGAUGCUGACCUGUGUGAAAUAUUUUUAGUGCAUUUUUGUCACUGGAAGAAAUAUUUUAAAAUACCUGUUUACCAUACAUGUAGCAUAACAGGACAGGUUAUUGUUCUUUUGCAUUUUUAAAAUCCUGAUUUGUGUAUGUUAAAAUAACUGAAGACACCUAUUCAAAAUGCACAUUAGUGAUUCACUAUGGUAGGAGUCUGCUGGGUUUCGUUUUUCAAGAUUUUCAUCUGCUUCAACUGAAGUUGCACUGUGCUGUCUUCAUUUUAACAGUUACUGCUUUAGAAGACUUAGUGCAAAAAGAUGACUUUUCUCAUGUGUUUUGGAUAUUCACAGAGUUGAGUUUUUCCUGUUGGACUUGGGCUGCUCAGAACAAGGGGGGCUUGGAUCAGAUGACCUCCAGGUCUCUUCUAAAUUAUUCUGUGAUUCAAAUUGUCUUUAAAUGUUAUUUUUUAACACAACUGCCCUGUCUCCAGGGUAUGAACUGGUAUCUGACCUUCUCCCAGUACAAACUGUUAGCUUGAGUCUGUUCUCUUGCAACAAAAAAAACCCCUGAGAUUAACUGAGCUUAUUUGUAAACCUCUUUGUAGGAAAAGCUGUCUGGUAUCUUAAUUUUUUUCAUGUUGUCUUGCUGUGGCAUACAUUGAAGCUUCAAAGCCUUACAGAAAUGUUGCUGCUUCAAAGCACACAUGAAAUAUCUGUGAAUAUUGUGGAUUUUGAUUCCGGUAGAAUUCAAACCCAGUUUGUUAAUAACCUGAAAUGAGCAUGGGGCUGAAGGAAGGCCCUUCUGCAGGUGGGAGUCAGUGAAAUGCCUGCAGAAGAGGUACCUGUUGGAGUCCCCACCCUGUGUCAGUGCACACUGUCACCACCCUGCAUGCAGAUUGUGUUCCUGCAGCUGCAUUCCUGGCUGCAGGUGAAGUUCAGUGCCACCUUUGUCAAAUGGUUCCAAUGCCAUGAAAACCUCAUCAGUUAUGGAACACAAAAUGCACAUGAUUAGAGAGUUUGGUGUGCAAUAUAAUCCCUUUUAUUCCUAAUACUAAAAUAAUGUAUGUCAAGUGAAGCAAUUGACCUUUUUUUUUUUUUUGCACUUUGGCAUUUGUAAAUAUUUAUAUGUAUUUAAAGAUUAAGAAUCUGUGAGUGUGUUUACACAUAUAUUAAAAAACCUACUCAAUUUUGUAAACAUGAAUGUUACUUUUUCUUGAUGAGAGACUUUGUAUAGUGUUAACACUACUGCAGUAUACAUAGACAAUUUAUGAAAUACAACUAAAAAUAAGGGGUGGUCAACAUAGAUACAAUCUGUCAUCUUAACUGCUCACCUGAAAAAAACCAAGAGGGAUCUAUGGCUAUCAAUCAGACUAUCUACCAGAAACAUUAUGUUAAAUAUAUGAACACUGAGUAGCUGAAUGGCAUUGCAGAAAUGGAGUAUGUUUUAAACAGCUCAUUUCAUCUGUGCUUGCACCAUUUUUCCUCAAAAAGAAAUCUUAGAAGCUUGGUGUUCUGAGAUCUGGAUAAGCAGCCUGUAAGUGAGCUCUGAGGAAAUACUGGUGAUAUGACCAGUCUAGUUUUCUAUUGAAAAAGAUGAGAAAUGAAUGUCAAAAAUAAGGCUUUGUCUGCAUGGAUCAUACAAAAUAAACUAGUCCAAUGGCUGGAAACUGGUGUUUGCAAACAGCCUUUGAAGUUUUGUAAUGUUUCCAGUAACGGUUUGCAUUUCCUUGUCAAAAUAGUAAAAAUAAACUCAACCUUAGCUAGAAAUUAACUAAUUGGUUGGUAAAUUUCAAAACCUGUUAGGAACCAGAGGGCUCUUGAGGUUUUCUUUGUCUUUUUCAAGUCCUAACAGAGCAGAUGUGUUUAUUCAGAAUUAAUGUUUAAAAAAGAAGUAAUUUUUCUUUCCUAAAGGAAGGACCUUAAAUGCUAAAUCAGUUUCCUUUUUAGAUCUGAUAUUAUUUGGCUUAAAAUUAUCAUCUUGUGAAUGAAGUGGGACUGUCCUGGUUUGAGCCAGGAUGAAGGCAAUUUUCCUUUUACUGACUUAGACAUUCAAAAUACAACUGACACCCAAGGAGGAAGGGGAUGACCCUUCUUUUGACAGAAGUGCAGUCCUAGUUUGGUGUGUGCUGGAAGCCCAGAUGACCAAGUGCAGACAAAUCUUUACUGAGCACAGUGUUGGUCGGAGUCCCCAGUUUGGGGGUGCUGUUGGGAUGGUCCCACAGGAGAUGGAAGUACUUUAAGUGUGGUGGGGGGUAAAUGCUGAGCAGCCUUUGUCUGUAUAUUCUACAUAUGUCACAUGGAUUCUAUCAGGGCUUGAUGCUAAACUUCGUGAUACCAUAUACUGGGAGCUAAAUUCUUUCCUGGGAUGUGUAAUUCCUGCUCAAAACUGGUUUUGAUCCAGGGGCACCUGCACCCAGAUGCAGAAUUUGGACUUGAGUUCCUGUAGAUGAAUCUAGUGAAUUCUUUGAUUUUUCAGAGUGUCUUUGAUUAUUUUUUUAACAUGUUGAAAUAUGUCAGGAAAAGGUGUAUUCUGGCUCAUUUUUACAUAUAUCUCAAGCUGUCUAUUACAUGAGUGAUAAUGAUGUUCUAAAAGCUUAUUACACAACUUACCCAAUCAGUUUUCUUUCUUGCCCGCUCUGCAUGCUAAAAAUAUCUGGAGCUAAACUAACGUUUUAAGUAAACCAUCUUUUCUCAUCUUAGUGGUGGAGGAAAGUGGAGAGAGAACCAUCAUUUCUGUUUGUGUUCUAUAAAAAUCACUAUUUUUGUAGCUAAAACUUUAGUUGUUGGAUUUCAAUCCCACAGUGUUGCUUUGUUGGGUAUAAUUUUUCCUGGGUCCACUAUUUCAAACAGUGUAACAAGUCCAGUAUAAAAUUGAACUAUUCAAAUACACUCUUCUACAAUUUGGUUUUGAAAAUACAGCAAAUUAUUUUGGUCCAAGAAUUCAAAACAAAAUAGAGAAAAUACAGCUGACUAUGUAAGUUUUUAAUCCUGAUGCUGCUGCUUGUUUUUUGAAAAGGUGCUUGCAGUUUUGCACAAAAGAAAUCAACUUUAUCAAUUGCUGGGUUUGAAGCACUUUAGGAUUCUUCUAAAUAGAAUCAGUAUGUGGUGUAAAAAGGAAUGACUUUGAAAAAUGUUUAAAUUUUGGUUGCAGCCUUUACUAUUCUGCUACCCUUUAAAUAUCAACCUGUUUUCAGAGAUUUGAAAUGAGAAAUUGUUUUUUAUGGGCUGAAGUUUAACACAUGGUGAGGGAUGAUUUGAGGAACACCUUGUAGUCAAAUGCCAGUAGGCUGAACUGAAUAGAUUGUGCCUACCUAGCCAUCUAGUAUAUAUACAGCAAUGUUUGUUCCUCUAGCUAGAUCAGCUAGCUGUGAGCACUAGGAUUCUUUUUCUCAAACAAAAAUCAUUUUACUAAUUUUUGACUAUGCAUCCUAAGGUGGCUGUGUCUGUGUGCUGUGGUAAGGCCGGAAUAUCUGCUCAUUGACUCCACUGAAAUAGAUGCUUAGUGAAUAAAGACCACAGGAAGACACUGUCCCUGCUCCAAAAUCCUAGUCCAAACCCCUGAGGCCUCCCAGGGUGUACAUAAGCAAGUACCUGUGUAUUUGUUUCUCAGGUCAGUGCUCCAUAGUUUCUUAGGAAAACAAAAGCAGAAGAGAAACUAGUCGAGUAAGAACAACAUUUUUUGUUCACUACCUGAACUAUAAGUUGUAUUUGUUACUGAUAUCAAAGUUAAUUUAAUAUCCGUGACCAUGUUAUUGUAUUGUCUUCUGAUGGGGAAAAACUUUUUUGAACAAAACCAAGUAUAUCACUAGCUUUUCUAUGAAUUCAGAUACUUAAAUUGGUGCUAAUUUUUUUUAAAAGAAAAUGUAACAGAUGGUUAGCAGUGUAUUUGUCUGUUUUUGAUAACUAUAUUUUCUUAAAUGGUGGCAAGCCAAACUUUAUAAAAUGACUAAUGUGCAUUUUCAGCUUCAUCAGAUUCCCAGAUUUUCUUAAAGCAAAAUAUUUAAAUUUCCAUGAUAGUUACAGCUUCUUAGGAGCUAUUGCUUUCAGGUCUGUGAUACACUAAUCAAAUGAACACAAUUAGAAAAGAUAACAAGAUGUAACUAUCUCUUCAUUUAAAUGACAUGACAUGUUGGGCUCCCUAGGUGGUUUUAGCAGUUUAAUGUAGUCAAGAUACCUAAGUAAGAGCAAAUCACAGAUACCUGUGAAGCCUUACCUGAUCAUUUAGAUAAUUUAUAAAGAUUAUAAAGUUUUCAUCUAUUUUAAAGAAGUAAUUACAAAUAGAAAUAAAUGAACUGUUUUCAUACCAAUUCAAAUGUUAAUUCCAGAGGAUAUAGUCUAUAGUGCACUCCAGAACAUAUGCCAUGAAGGAGGAUAAUUGACUCCUUGAGUGAUUUGUUAUGAAAUCCAAAUAAACCCCCUCCAAAAAUUAGGUUUGUUUUGAAAUGCCUUCAAGUUUUAACUCCUUUCAGAAUGCUUUCCAUGUCUUGUUUUGGCCCUCUUUCCUGCCUGUUUACCAAAUGUCACAAAAAGUAGCAUCAAGCCCUACCACUUGUUACAGUGUUCUGAUUUUAUGGCCUUAAUAUUACAGUAUGGUAUAUAAUUUCAGAAGAAAGAUGUGCUUUGAAAUCUAAUUAUAUAGAUACAUGUGGCCUCUUCUGCCUAUGAAAUUAGGCUUUGAUUGUCAUAUCUCAUUCUUGAUGCUUGUGCAAUAGGAACAUGUUCCUUUCAAUGCAGUGGCUAUUUUGUCUGAUGCUGGACUUUGUUUUCAGGAUGAUUAGAAAAUUGGGUUUUUUUGGUUUGUUUGUUGGUUUGUUUUUUUUUAUGGACAGCAGUCAUGCUUCCUUGUUUUGAAUUGAUUUUCUUUAAGGAAACUAGAAUUUCAUAAAGAAAACUGUCAAUAACUAGUUCUGAAGUGCCAGUAAAGCCUCAUUCUGAAGCUUUUGGGUUUUUUUCUUUAAAAACCUUAUCGUAAAACAGCACUAAAGCCACUGUAAAAUUAUAAAUAAAUAUGUAUACUUAAAUGA